AUGGCCAAUAGUUUCAACAAAUUCUUCACAUCAGUGGCGGAGGAUACGUUGAACAGGGUGGACAAGGGUGAUCCUCGCACAAUUCCCAGCGGGGACCUGAACAUAGCCUUCCCAUUGACAGAGUUUGAGCCAACAUCGAAGAGGGAGUUAAGUAAAAUAAUACGUAACAUGAAGAACAAAACUUCAGCGGGGCUAGAUGAGUUCUCCUCUGUGAUGUUGAGGGGCUGUGAAAAGGAACUGCUUGAGCCGCUACUGCACGUUGUCAACUUGAGCCUCCGACUUGGUGUCUGUCCUAAGAAGAUGAAGUCUUCAAAAGUGAUACCCCUUCACAAACAAGGAAGCAAGCACGAUUUGGAAAACUACAGGCCGAUUUCUCUGGUCUCUACCUUUUCAAAAGUUAUAGAGAAAGUUGUACAUAUGCGGAUCUGUGAACACCUACAGAAGAAUUCCAUACAACUCAGAGAACAACAUGGAUUCCUAAGUAAGAAGUCAACUCUGACUGCUUUAGUGGAGUUGGUGGAAUACAUCAUUGAUAAGCUCGAGGAGGGACAUAGUGUGACCGGUGUCUACCUGGAUCUGAGCAAGGCUUUUGAUUGCCUAGGUCAUGAGCUAAUCCUGGCUAAGCUCAGUAAGCUUGGAUUCAGGGACACCGCUUGGAACUGGUUCAGCAAUUACCUUCAAGACAGAGACCAAUUAGUUGAACUAAGGCACUUCGACAAUAAAGCGGACCACCUUCUUCAGGUCAAGUCAGCUCCCCAUUACCAGGGGCGUUCCACAGGGACGACUCUGUCCCUUUUGUCAUCCAGUAUUUCUGCGGAGGAUUUGGAAAUCAAAGGUUAUAUCGCACUUGGUCUGGCCAUGGAUUACUGCAAUGGGAAUGAUUUGGUCUUUAAUGAAACCAAGACGAAACAGCUUGUUAUGGGUUCAAAAAGAGAUACCAUCUCUGAGUUUCCUGGACUUCAAUUGGUGGAAUCCACCAAACACCUCGGUAUCGUCAUCGAUGGCAAGUUGUCGUGGGUGCAGCACCUAAACAUCUUAUGCGGCAAGCUGAGCAGCGGUAUCUUCGCCCUGAGACGGGUUAAGUCCGUCAGCAACAUUGAAGCCGUUAAAAUUACAUACUUUUCCAUCUUCGAGAGCCAUCUGAGAUAUGGAGUUACUCUGUGGGGCGCAGCUUCCCAGCUUCAUCUCGAACGUGUCCUCAUAAUCCAAAAGAAAGCUCUCAGAAUUAUGGCAGAUUUGGAGUGGAACGAGAGCUGCCGUGAGCACUUCAAAAGAUGGAGGAUUCUUACAGUUGUAAAUAUAUACAUACUGGAGGUGAUCAUUUUAGCCUGCAAAAAGAGUAUACCUAGAGGAGAAGAUAUUCAUCAGCACAACACCCGAUUUGCCCACAAUUUCAUUCUUCCAUCCCACAACAGUAGAAGAUUUGAAAUGAAGCCGACGUAUGCUGGGGCCAGGCUGUUUAACCUGCUACCGGAGGAGCUGAAGAGGACUGAUCCAAAAGCCUUAAAAGGAAAACUCUACGAGUGGUUGCUGCAACGUCCAUUUUACAGUGUGAAGGAAUUCAUGGACUGGGCAAACUGUUAA